AUGGCGAGCUUACGUGUCCGUCUUGAGUUUCCCGACAACGAGAAAUUUUGGCUUUUUAUUGAUUUAUCUGUAAUCAAUACGAUUCAAGAUGUCAUUGAUUACAUUGACAACAAAUAUUCAGUCAGUUGCCAUAAAUUGUGGCUCGAUGAUGCUCAGUUGUAUUGCAGAGAAACGGCGCGUAUACUGCAAGACAGGGAUUUGCUCAGGGUAAGUAUGAGGGAACCGAAGAAAAGGAAGGUAAAUUCUCUAGAUAGCCAGCAGAAUAUUGAACCAGCAGUGGAAGAAGCUGCAAAUUCGUCACCUUCAAAACCAAAGAAAAAAAAGAAAUCGAAAGAGGAUAAGGUUCUUGAAUGUGAAAAUCUUGGUAAUCUAUUGCUUACUGAACCUUUGACUGAAGAACCAGUGGUCAACAAGAAACAGAAAAAAGUUAAACAAGAUACUUAUGAACCUACUCCUGAAGAAGCAACAGUUUUGGAGCAACAGUCUGUGGUGAAGCAAGCUGUGAAAGUGAUUUCCCCUGAAAUAGAAACUGAGUCAAAAGUACAUGAAGCUACAACAGAAUUGGACUUAACAAGUAAGGAGCCAUCAGAAGAGGAAGGUGCCAAACGCAAGCGCCGACGAAGACGAAGGAAAAGCCACCACAAGUCUCCGUCUAAAGAAGUGGAUAUCAGUCUUCUUCAGCCUUUUGAAAGUCUACCGGAGUAUGUUCCACCUGCACCCAAGGAACGCCAGCAUUUUCAUUUCGACGCAGACUCUGGAGAAGAUGCUGAGUCUAAAGUGGGCCAUGCGAAUGCCAGACCUAUUAAUAGCUUUGAUGAUCUGAAUAAACCAGAAUUCAACGGUUACAAGACUAACCGCGCAAAUAUUGAAAAUUCAAAAACUAAACAUCUCAAAAGCACUGCGAAUCCUGCAAUUUAUCAAAGUCCGACUAACGCAAGCACUCCUGUCCCUCCUCAAUUGGGUGCUUUGCUUUCUCUUCGCUCGGCUGUUUUCUCCAGACAUUCUAAUGACAAAGCCAUACCAUCUAGUUACAACAAUGUUCCACCUCCACAAGCCCUUACUUCUAGUAAAGCUAUUCCUUCCUCUCCUAAAGUACCAGCUCCCUUGCCCGCCAAGCAGGAACCUGCUAAACUCGAUCCUCUGGCGUUUCCAAUCAUUAAAGGACUUCCUAGAGUCAACGAUCUUAUUGCCUUCAAAGUGCUGGAAUUAUCUGAAAAUUAUAAUCCCGAAGUAUCAGACUACAUGCAGGGGCGAAUAACAUACAUGUCUCUUGCUUCCGAAAUUACGGUUGAGCUGCUGGAUCCUAAACCCAAACUUCACAGCAGAGGCAAGUUCGAGAUAGUUGAGGAAGACGAGGAAGAAUGUGAUGGGGAAGAACCCGUGGUGGAGUACGAAACUACGGUGACAUACCAUUGGAGUCAGAUGAUUGAGCCUCGUCUAAUUUUCCCUUAACUGAACAUGACAUAGUCGACAUUUUCAAUCAAAUUGAGUGAAUGCAAAUUUUUUUCAAACUCUCCUUUCGUCAGGUCCUGAAUG